AUGCCAUACAACAACCUCUCAAGCUCAUCAAUACCGCCAUUCGAGAUCCACGCAUUCAAUCCAGCGUCACCGUUGACCAUUCCCGAGCCGGGAGCCCCAAAGGCUCAGACGAAGACCAACACCUUUGGCGUCCCAGGCGAACCAGAAGAUAUGCUCAUGGUGUUUGACGCAUGCCUCAGAGUAGGAAAGCUGGAAAGGGCAGCGCUUGUGUUGAAGCGCCUCAGCGCCGUGGGCACCACAUCGGACGAAGAGCGAAUCGUUCUCAACAACAAAUACUUGCGAGCGUCUCUCAACCAAAUGCGCACCACGCCCGAUCGAAAGCAAGCUGAGCAGCUCCACAAAUGGUACGAGCUGCAGAUAAGAAGCAAGAAUUUGCCACACACCGCCGAGACAAUUGCCUGCAUGCUCAAGGCAUCUCUGCUGUCCGAGCGGGGAACCAGAUUGGAACGUCUGGUGAAGCGAUAUAUGGGCAUGGCACCGGACGAAGCUGGACUGCGAGUCCUCAGCAUGGACGAAAUUCUCAGCGACCAGGACCUCGCCGUCAUCACCCGAAUCUGCCCGACGUACAACUUUGCCCCUGAUGAAGGAGAUCUAGAGGGUGUAGCUCUUGCACCGGAGAAGUCUCAAGAGGCGGAAGCAUCGUCCACACUGGGGACCGAAGCUGGCAAAUCAUCAGCUUCUGAGAGUGUUCCGGAGCUUAUCCCAACCCCGCAGCGCGGCGAAGGUCUCAGUACCCUGAAGAAGGGCCUCGGACUCUUGCUGGGGCUGCAGAAUGUCGACAUUUCCAAGCUUCCUUAUUCAGAUCGCGUGGACAUUCAACUGCAGCUGGAGCGGGAUACGAUCAGUUCGGCAAUCGAGAAAUGGCGCCUGGACAACAAGACAUUGCAGAAGCGGGGUGUCACAACAGCUCUGGCGCCAUCCAACAAGGAAGGGUCCAUGUCACAGAAUUUGGCGUCCUGGAUGAGCGCCAUGGAGACCCGGAUCUACCAAGAGCUCAGACUGAUUGAACAGUCAGAAGCAAAGAAGUCGAAAUCGGACAAGGACCUGACAAGAUGUAUCUACGGUCCUUUUAUCCAGCAGGGUGACCCGGCACGCCUGGCGGCUGUCACCAUUCUGUCGGUCAUCAACCUCGGAACUGUUCUGGGCGUGGAAAAGGGCCUUCCUAUCAGCAGGCUGAUUACGCAUAUCGCAAAGGCUGUCCAAGAAGAUAUCGAGAUGUAUCAGAAGGAAUUGGCCGAGAGGAAAGCUCGACGGGAGCGCAAGCUGCGCUUCGUGGGCGACAAGGGCAAAUCAAGCAAAAAGGCCAGCAGCAAAGCUGCCAGCAAAGAUGCAAGCAAAGAUGCUGGCAAAGAAGAGGAGCCACCUGUUCUAGUCGAUACAACGGAACAGCAAUCGGCCCUGGAGGAAAACAGCCGCAGCCCCUGGUCUCUACAUAUCAAGGCUCAGGUUGGCUCAAUUUUGCUGCAGAUGUUGAUGGAGUCCGCCAAGAUCAAUGUUGUGGUGGAGGGCUCGACAUCCAAAGAGCUGAUCAGCCAAUACCAGCCGGCCUUUACUCACCAAUCGAUCCUCCGAAAGGGCAAAAAGGUGGGAGCUCUCUUUUUCAACACUCACUUGGUCGAGCAGCUGAAACGAGAGCCCGUGGGCGACUUCAUCGCCAAACAUAUCCCCAUGGUUGUUGAACCCAAGCCUUGGCAAUCUUUCACUGAAGGUGGCUUCUUGGACAGCAAGACCAGCUUUGUCCGAGUGAAGCCAGGAGAUGUUGAGCAGAAGCUGUACAGUAACGCGGCCAUCAAACGUGGCGACAUGACGCAAGUGUUCAAAGGACUGGAUGUCCUUGGCAAAACACCAUGGAUCAUCAACAAGCAGACCCUGAAUGUUAUGAUGGAGGCAUGGAACAGUGGCGAAGAAAUCGCCAACAUACCACCACUCAACCCGAACCUCACAAUUCCCCCCGAACCGGAUUCUUCAGCAGAUCCUCUUGUACGGAAAAACUGGAUUCGAGCAGUCAAAGCGAUUGAGAACGAACGCUCCGGUCUCCACUCGCAGCGAUGUUUCAUGAACUUGCAGCUAGAGAUUGCACGAGCCUUCCGCAACCAGACGAUCUAUUUCCCGCACAAUGUCGACUACCGAGGCAGAGCAUAUCCCAUGCCGACAUACCUCAACCACAUGGGUGCCGAUCACGCGCGAGCCAUUCUGAAAUUCGCCAGAGGUAAAGAGCUGGGGGUUAGAGGUCUACGGUGGCUGAAGAUCCACCUUGCCAACGUAUACGGCCUGGACAAGGCCAGCUUUGACGAACGCGAGGCUUUUGCGGACGAGAAUGUGGCCAACAUUAUCGACUCGGCCACCAAUCCCUUGAACGGCAGCAGGUGGUGGCUCAAGGGUGAAGACCCCUGGCAGUGUCUCUCUGCUUGCUUUGAACUCAAGGCCGCCUUGGAGCUUCCCGAUCCCACGAAGUUCGUAUCGCAUCUGCCAGUUCACCAGGACGGUACCUGCAACGGACUUCAGCACUAUGCAGCUCUCGGUGGUGACACGUGGGGAGCGAAGCAGGUGAACCUGGAGCCUGGCGACAGGCCUGCCGAUGUAUACUCAGCGGUCGCCGAUCUCGUCAAGCAGGCCAUUGAGAAGGACAUGGAGAACGGGAAUUCAUUUGCACAAGCACUCCAUGGGAAGAUUACCCGCAAAGUUGUGAAGCAGACGGUGAUGACGAACGUGUACGGCGUUACAUUCUCAGGAGCAAAGAAACAGAUUUGCAAGCAGAUCGACGCUUUGUACCCCGAUCUGGGUGAAAAAGUCGGCAUUUCCAAUAUGCUGCUGUCGACCUACAUUGCCAAACAAGUCUUCCAAGCCCUCGCCACCAUGUUCAAGGGUGCUCACGACAUCCAAUACUGGCUUGGCGAGAUUGGUGGACGCGUGUGCCGAGCACUGACCCCCGCCCAGCUGCAGCAGAUCGCCAGCAAGGCGACAUCAGGCAGAAAGAAGGUCGAGUUCGAUGAUCUCAUCCAGCAGUUCCGAUCGUCUGUCGUUUGGACAACGCCCCUUCGCAUGCCCGUCGUUCAGCCUUACCGCAAGACUACUGCACGAGAAAUCAAGACGUGCCUCCAGGCCGUCAUCUACCCUAUGAGCGACCAGACGGAUCCCGUGAACAGGAGGAAGCAGCUCCAGGGAUUCCCUCCCAACUUCAUCCACUCCCUGGACGCUAGCCACAUGUUGCUGUCAGCGCUGGAGUGCCACGCUCGGGGACUCGACUUUGCUGCUGUCCACGACUCCUUCUGGACACAUGCGGGCGACCUGGAUGUCAUGAACGAGGUCCUGCGUGAGGCCUUCAUCCGAAUUCAUGAAGAGGACGUUGUUGGCCGCCUGGGCGCCGAGUUUGCGGCGCGUCAUCAAGGAUCGAUUUACCUUGCCAAGAUUGACCCCGACACGCCGGUUGCCAAGAAGAUCAAGGAGCUGCGUAAAGCCAGCAAGCUCUCGCCCAAGGAGGAGCUUCUCCUUGAGCACAAGCGCAACCAGCUGAAGCUGUCCGGGAACCCCUGGGACCUCGAGGCCGCCAAGAAGAUCGUCACCCCGGCCUCCGUGUACGAGGAGAUGAUGGCUGCCGAAGUCGACAUGGACAUUCAAGAGGAUGCUAAGGACAUUGGCUUGGGUGCCAUUCCGGAAGAGGCUGAGCUGGUUGAUGCGGAGGACCUCGAGGCCCAGACCGACAACUCGGCCGUGUCCGCCGAGUUCACCGAGCGGCUCAUGAAGGACAUGCACUCGUCUUUCUUCGAGACCCAGGUUGCGGGCGAGAAGGCGCCUGCGCCGCAGAAGAAGAGGAAGACGCCGCUGCCUGUUUGGCUGCCGCUGACAAUUCCCGAGGUCCCCAAGAAGGGCGACUUCGAUGUCAAGCGCUUGAGGGAGAGCAAGUACUUCUUUUCUUAG